AUGACGAGCUUGAGUGAGAUGGUUCGCCGCAGGUAUCCUCACAAGAAGGAUGACUUGGACGUGCUGCGAACAUGUCAGUGGAAGGCGGUGAAGGGAGGUGCGCUGGCAUUUGUUGCCAUGGGCGGCCUCGUGUUCCUGGGCGGUCGCACGUAUGCCAGGCGGGUCGACCCAACGUUCCACCGUUACAUCCUCGUCAGCAGCAUCGUGUCUGCAUCGGUUGCCAGCGCAGCGACCUCCUUCACAGCGUCACAGGCGUGCUUGCAUGAGGUGCGCGCCAAGAACCUGGCCAAGGCAGAGAAGAUGAAGCAGGAACAGCAAGGCCAGCAAGGCCAAUCUCUCGAAACACAGCACGCGCACCAAGAGCACGCCGGCCCACACGUGUCAUCUGUAUCACCUGCCACUGCAACGUCUCUAUUGGGACCACAACAGCAGGGCAGCGCAAUAUCGCCAGCAGUGGCGCACAACACAAGCACGCACGUGCAGCACACAUCACCACACCAUGGGGGCGGGAGCCAACAGCACAGCAGCAGCGACGCCACUAGCACAGACUUGACUCACGCAUAG